AUGCCCUUAUCUUCUCCCGCCUUUGGCACCUCGCUCAAAGCGGCCAGCACACUCCCCCCGCUCAAGACACCCACCAUGCAUGCAGGACUUCCAGAUUCGACCACUUUUCUGGAGAGCCCGCUGGAAUGGUGGUUCCCUUCGACGGAUGACAACAACACCACCCUCACCACACGGAUUGGAGACCUGUUCGCGCUGGAGAUAGAGGAGAACAACAAGUUCAAGGUGGCAUACAAGCGCCGACUCUCCAGGACUGCCUCCACCAGACAGAUCCGACAGUACCUCUGCCUCUCCUCGACUCCCGAACCCGAACCGCCCCCGACCCACUCGUCGAUGCACCCUGAAUCUGGCACCAAGUCCCAAUGGCGCAAGUUUUGGAAGACCAAGGUUCCUCACAGAGCCCGCACUUUCUGGUGGCGAUACAAGCGUGACAUUAUCCCAUGUGUCACGCUUUGGGCCCACCAGUGGAAACAGGACGCUCAAUGUGACGCUCAGGGAUGCAAGGAAAGAAAGGCGGACAAGAACCACCAUGUCUUCGGAUGCAAGGACAAGUACCUAGCAUGGCAGUUCGUUUUGAGAGAAUACACGGACAAGCCCACAUGUCUGCGAGCAAGUUCUGUCGGAUUUGAGGACUAA